CGAGGCGGCCGCCCGCCGCUCUGGAAGGCGGCCAUUGGGUGAGGCGACGAACGACGUAGUAGCCGGGCGCUCACGGGUUCAGCCUGUCGCCGUGGCGUCUGCGCAUCUGAAGCUGGUUGCUGCUGCGGCCGCCUGGAAUUGUGGGGGUUGUGUCUACCCCUCGGCUGCCCGGCAGGAAGCCGAAGGUCUCUUUAUGCCUCUUCAGGGCCUGCCCCUAUCUAGGAUGGCUCCUCUGGGCAUGCUGCUUGGACUACUGAUAGUCUCCUGCUUCACCUUCUGCUUCAGUCAUCAGAACCAAGAGUUUGCGCUGACCAAUCCAGAGAAGAGCACCACCAAAGAAACAGCGAGAAAGGAAACCACAGCAGAGGAGGAGCUGGACCCUGAAGUCCUGGAGGUGUUUCACCCAAGCCCUGAGUGGCAGGCCCUUCGGCCAGGCCAGGCUGUCCCUGUGGGAUCCCAUGUGAGGCUGAAUCUCCAGACUGGGGCAAGAGAAGUGAAACUCCAAAAUGAAGACAAGUUUCAAAAUACUUUGAAAGGGACAAAAAAAGGCAAAAGGCUGGACAUCAACACUAACACCUAUACAUCCCAGGACCUCAAGAGUGCACUGGCAAAAUUCAAGGAAGGGGCAGAGAUGGAGAGUUCAAAGGAAGACAAGGCAAGGCAGGCUGAGGUUAAACGUCUCUUCCGCCCCAUUGAGGAGCUAAAAAGGGACUUUGCGGAGUUGAAUGUUGUCAUUGAGACUGACAUGCAGAUCAUGGUACGGCUAAUCAACAAAUUCAAUAGUUCCAGCUCCAGCCUGGAGGAGAAGAUUGCUGCACUCUUUGAUCUUGAAUAUUAUGUCCAUCAGAUGGAUAAUGCACAGGACCUGCUUUCCUUCGGUGGCCUUCAAGUGGUGAUCAAUGGGCUGAAUAGCACAGAGCCCCUGGUGAAGGAGUAUGCUGCAUUUGUGCUGGGAGCUGCCUUUUCCAGCAACCCAAAGGUCCAGGUGGAGGCCAUCGAGGGUGGAGCCCUGCAGAAGCUGCUGGUCAUCCUGGCUACGGAGCAGCCUCUCGCUGCAAAGAAGAAGGUCCUGUUUGCACUGUGCUCCCUACUACGACACUUCCCCUAUGCCCAGCAGCAGUUCCUGAAGCUGGGGGGCCUGCAGGUCCUGAGGAGCUUGGUGCAGGAGAAGGGCACAGAGGUGCUGGCUGUGCGCGUGGUCACCCUGCUCUACGACCUGGUCACUGAAAAGAUGUUUGCCGAGGAGGAGGCCAAGCUGACCCAGGAGACGUCCCCAGAGAAGCUGCAGCAAUAUCGCCAGGUGCACCUCCUGCCAAGCCUGCGAGAACAAGGCUGGUGUGAGAUCACUGCCCACCUGCUGGCGCUGCCUGAACAUGAUGCCCGUGAAAAGGUGCUGCAGACACUGGGUGCCCUCCUGGUCACCUGCUGGGACCACUACCAUCAGGACCCCAAGCUCAGCAGGACGCUGGCCAGUCUGCAGGCUGAAUACCAGGUGCUAGCCGCCCAGGAGCUCCAAGAUGGCGAGGAUGAGGGCUACUUCUGGGAACUGCUGGGCUCUAUCAACAGUUUGCUGAAGGAGCUGAGAUGAGGCUGCCCCCUAAGACUGAGGCUAGACUGGAACUGCUAGGAAGGCUGAGAGGUACCGGUUUGGAUGGUUCUUCAGGGGACAGCAGGCAGAAUGGAGGGCUUCCCUAUUGGGGUCUGGGCGUCAGCGGGGCAGUGCUGGACUGGCCAUUAAAUGGAGGCAUGAAGGUCA